AUGGCUUCGAAAUUCGCUAUUUGCCCAACCUUUUCUCCGUUUCCAAGACUCCCAGUUGAAAUCCGACUGAAGAUCUGGCGGCUCGCUAUACAACAACUCUGUUCAGUGAAGGAGCUGAGAAUCUGUUGCGACAAGACCCAGCCGAAAGUGCCUCUUCCCGCAGUAUUUCGAACCAACCAAGAGUCGCGCGAUGAGGCUAGAGGGGUUUUAACGCCUUUCUCUUUCUAUCCAUCUGAUCAUACACAUCAUACGAAAGUGUAUCUUGAUCCUUCAAACGACCUAUUCUAUCUUCGACUACGUGAAGGUGGCUGCAGCCGCAGAUAUCUGUGCCAGUCAUCGCAAUCCGAUUAUCAUCACAUACUAGGUCCAUUUGCAGACAGAAUGUCCGCCGAGGAACUGGGCAAAGUGCAAAAUCUUGCCCUGGAGGCACCCUACUACGAAUGGGGAAUCUUGGAGGCUCUGGGCAACUUUCUGGACCAGCUCACUCGCUUCCGACGAUUGAAGAUAUUAAUUAUCGUUCUUGGUGAUGCCGAGACGAUGUUUCUUGAUACUCCUCUGGUUCAUCAUAAACGUUCUUUGCAACCCGGCUACGAACCCGCAAAAGAAAAGAUGGUCGAGAUGUGGAGGCAUCUUGCGGAAAAUGCAAGUCUGGAGUAUCCUGGUUGGCAGAUCCCGAAGGUGGUGGUAGUGGAUGGUCAUUGCGCUUGGCUUGCACCAGACCACAACUCCAACUGCGCUUCCUAUCCCGAAUUCGCUCAACAACUCCUCGACCUUGCCAAGCUUCGCAACGGCCCAGAUGGUAACAUCACUCCUCGAGUCAUUGCAGAACACAUGGUGAACCGACGACGCCAUUCGAUUGCAACAAACCCACUUUACUUCGCGCCUCCAUUCGCAGGCUUAGUAGUUCCAACCGUCGCUGCUUUGUUUACCUUCACGAUCCUAGCCAAUCACUCUGCAGAAUAUCCACGAGGUUGUCUAUCUCCGUCCAGCUUCGAGAGUCUCUGGGGCUACACACGGGAUGCGAACAACAAUCUUGUGUACAAAUACGGUCACGAGCGCAUCCCAGACAACUACUACAAGAGCGCAAUUGAGGAUCAAUGGACCGUCCCAGAUAUCCUCACCGGCUUUGCGCAAAACUGUCUCUCUUACCCAAGCGAUUGCGAAGUUGGCGGAAACCUCGGCACAGUCAACUCAUUCACUGGCGUCAACCUCGGCGACAUUUCCGGAGGCCUGAUCAACUCUCCCGCAGAUUUCACCAACACCACUCUUCUCGGCUGCUUCAUCUCACAAAGUCUCCAAGCUGAAGCUCCAACCUUCCUCAGCAACGUCUUUAGCGGCGUCCUCUUGACUCAAGUUCUAGGACUCAUCACCUCCCUUCUUGUACCGACCCUUCAAAAAUUCCAACUUGAUGCUUUGAUCACCUGUCCAAGUUUGCCUAAAGGUAAGGGCAUCUUUGAUGCUAACAGCAAGUAUCCAGGUGCUAGAUUUUUGAGCCAGGGUCCUCGCAAUCCGUUUUAA